AUGGAAGAGGCAUUGAAAAUCGAAUAUGGUCAGCUCUUCGCGCGGCGGCUGCUGAACGAGCAAGGGUUGGCUGUUGCCGACGAAGCGGUGCUCAGCGACGACGAGCAGAGGCGGCUGAAGCUACUCGAAGACGCUUUGCCGGUGGAGCCUUUGGCCGCCCAGCGCCUUGCGGCCUUUGAGCUCGCCGAGACCCGAAAGCAAAAGCGGCCAGGCUUCUUCAGUGCCUUCUUCGGACAGAUGUGCUGCGCCGCGCCGCCCGCUGCAAGCGUGGGCAUGGAGGAGCUCCAGGAUGCCACGGAGUUCGAAGCCGUGGAGGCUCCACAGAACAUCCUUGCGGAGGUGCGCUUCGGCGACCUGGGUGUGCGCAUCAUGGAUGACUCCAAAGAGGACACGGAGGAUGCAGAGGUGUUGCGCCUCUUCGUCCACAGCACGGAGCUGACGGCGACCGUCGCAACUGGCCUCGACUACCGCGGAAAGUCCUCUGCCAACCUCAAAAUAGCAGGUCGUCUGGGUGGUGUGGAGGCCACGCACAUGAAGCAGGAUGUCAUCAAGAUCCUGGAUGCUGGAGAAAGGGCGGGCGCGGCCAAGUUUGCCUUGGAGACACCGGGCAGAGCAAAGCUCGAGGCCUCGAGGAACAAGCUUGAGGAGACCUGCAACGUGCUGUCAGUGAUGUUUCACACGGCGCCGAUCGAAGUCUUCUUCAUCCCCAGUAUGGUGCCGAAGCUCCUGGACUUCGUUGCGCCGCCCCCGCCUUCUGCUGCGCCGGAACCGACACCCAAGGCGGCCAAGAAGACGCCGAAGUCGGACAUCGCAUCCCCAAGGAGCAUCAUGAGCCGGACGGCAGCCGGGCGUGCCAAGCUCCGUUGCGAAACAUCGGAGCUACAUCAUGUGGGACAGGGGACUUGCGCGGAUGAGGGCGGUUCUGUUCCGUUUGCCCUCAUCUCGAGGCUGUCUACCACUGUGGCAAUGUCCUCUGACCGGCCCGAAACAGAAGGACUGAGGGAGUUGAAUGGGCUUGACGAUCUGCCGAGCCAGGCGGACGCACAGGGAGCGGUGCAGCAAUUGUUGGGCAAGGAGGGCGACGUCGGCCAGUACGCUGAUGCCGCCUAUGACCGCGUGCCCGAUCAGGUGCAUUUUGAUGUCCACCUGGCCUCCCCAACGAUCCACCUGCCAGUGCGAGACAUCGGCAAGGUGGUGGCGAACCUCGGUUCCCUGACACUGCUGACGCCAGAGGUUUGCUCCAUGAAGGCCGUGAGGCUGGGCGUAUCCCUGGAGGACACCAUGCUGAAGGUGGCGACCAAGCGGGAAGAGUUCAACGUGAUCUCGCCCCUACCGAUCGACAUCAAGCUAAACCACAACGAGGACGCCGAGGUGCUGAAGGCCGAGGUGAAGCUCACCACUGGAGACCUCAUCCUCACCGCGGCUCCGCAGGCAGUGAGUGUGCUCGCGGCUCUGCCGGACGUAUUCGCAGAGCUGGCCCCGCCAAGCCAGGAUGCGGAGACAGUCGAGCAGGGCGAGGAGUCGCUUGAGGAGGCACUCGAGGACGUCGAGACAACCCAGGGCCAG